CCCUUAUUGAUACACUACUAGUACCGUAAGCUGUAAGAAUGACACCUCAUCAGCAACAUCAAUCUUGUCACCUGGACUCCUUGUCUUUCAAACUGUUGGACGAACCAACCAGGGCAGUUUGAGGUUGCAGCUUGCUCUCGUCCCAUCUGGGUUGACAUCGUGACAUACUUCGAUCUGGCCGCGCUUGCAUGAACUGUUCCGCUUGUGUGUACCUUGACCCCUGGUUUGUCCACCUCCUCCACUUGACUACUAAAAGACCCAUAACCUUUCUCUUGGAAAGGUACACCUUGAGUCUUGGGAAACCGUAGUUACAAGGAAGAGCUUACCAUCCAUCCUAACUUGCGCAGACAGAGCACCACACCGCCGGUACAGCCCUCCUUCCGUUCACAUCGGCGCAUAGAGGUACCAUAUCACUAUCCGAACCAGGACAGGAACCUGACGGAAGCUCUUAUAUACCCACCAAAUGGUCUCUGCACUUGCGUCGACCUCUUUGGCCAGCUUUGAAUAUAACUCUCGACUUUCACCCAAACCUAGAUAAAUUAUCCACCAUAUCCAAUCUCACGGCGGAUCUCUAUCCAGGACAUCGACCGUAUCACCUAUCCUCAAAGUAUACUGUUGUCAACACUAGCACACCAUCACCAACGCCAAGUGAGACCAAUGCCGCAAAUUCAGUUACGCCUCAGGACCCCCAGCGGCCAAACCCGCCUUGAAGUCGACGACGAGUCCAUCUUGCAAGACCUGGUGGUCCAGAUAAGGACGGCCACCAAGAUCGACAAGUUCUCGUUGAAAUAUGGCUACCCCCUAAAAGAUCUCGAUAUCAGCAAUGAAGCGCAGAAAGUCACCCCGCUCAAGGACCUCAAGCUGCGCGGAGAGACAAUUGUCGUGGCUCCUCUGGAAAGCGCUGCUUCGUUACCUGCGGCAGAGCCAGAAAAGCCCAAGUUCACCCCAAAGGGCAUUGAGCCGGAUGAGACGUCCAUUGAGUGGCCUGAAAGAGGCGGAUAUCUUGUCCUCCGCGUAAUGCCCGAUGACAACAGCUGCAUGUUCACAGCAGUAGGCGGCGCCCUCUCCAUCGCCAACCCGUCCGCCGUCCUCCGUCGCCAAGUAUCCAACUACAUCCUCUCCCACCCCACCGAGUACACCGCCGCGAUCCUUGGCUCCCCGCCUUCGGUCUACGCCUCCCGCAUGCUGCAGUCAGACGUCUGGGGCGGCGCCAUUGAGCUGUCCAUCCUCUCGGACAUUUACAACAUUGAAAUCUCUUCGAUCGACGUCAAGUCUCUCCGGGUUGACCGGUUCGGCGAGGGCAAGAGCCUGAGAAUCCUGAUUCUCUACUCGGGCAUCCACUACGAUCGUAUCGCCUUUGCCAUGGAUCUGAGUUAUCCCGUCGAGGUGGACGUGACAAAGUGGAGCACGGAGGACGAGGAAGUGUUGGAUAAGGCGAGAAAGUUGGCGGAGCAGUUGCAGCGGAUGCAUUAUUAUACGGACACGACGGAUUUUGUGAUCAAGUGUGAGAUGGAUGGGUGUGGAUGGAUUGGACAGGGGACGAAGGAUGCGGCGAAGCAUGAGAGGGAGACGGGGCAUGGGAGGUUUGGGGAGAUGGAGAUUAAGUGAGGAUGAGGGAGGAAGGAAGAAAGACAGAAGCGAAAAUGGACAAGGAACGGGGCAAGAAAGGUGAAGGGGAUGAUGGAAGGGGGGCGAUGUGAACAACGCGGGAACUCGCCGGGUGAGGCUGUCGGAAGCCGAAUGUUGAGGGUCUCCAAGGGGUUCAUAUAUACAAUCACACUUGUACCUACGUCUCGUACAUAAUGAUUGCCGAUUGACAUUUUCACUUGUUGCAUGUAUGUUCCUGGUGGCAUAGAUACAUAGUAGUACUCCCCAAUCCCC